CAAGCCCAUUCUCUACUCCACCACCACCCUAAUCUUCUUCCCACCGCCGCCACGCCAUGGGUGCUCAAGUCAUGCCGGAGCAAACCCAUCCGCCACAACCUUCCAUCCAUUCCCUCUCCCCCAGGGAUUCCCACCCCGCCCCUCUCCCUCCCAGAAGACUGGAAGGGAAGAUCGCCAUCGUGACAGGUGGCGCCCGCGGGAUAGGCGAGGCGACGGUGCGCCUCUUCGCCCGGCACGGCGCCAAGGUGGUGAUCGCCGACGUGGAGGACAAGCUGGGCUCGGCGCUGGCGGAGUCGCUGUCCGCGUCGGUGUCCUCGGAGGCCGACGUGGAGGACCUCGUGACCUCCACGGUGUCGCGGUACGGGCGGGUGGACGUGAUGUUCAACAACGCCGGGGUGCUGGGGUCCCAGACGAAGAGCAGGAAGAGCAUCCUGGAGCUGGACGCGGACGAGUUCGAGCGGGUGAUGCGGGUCAACGUCCGGGGCGCCGCGCUCGGGAUCAAGCACGCGGCACGCGCCAUGGUGGCGCGUGGCGGGGGUUGCGUCGUGUCGACGGCGAGCGUGGCCGGGGUGAUGGGCGGGAUGGGCCCGCACGCGUACACGGCGUCGAAGCACGCGGUGGUGGGGCUGACGAAGAACGCGGCGUGCGAGCUGGGGAGGUACGGGAUCCGGGUGAACUGCAUUUCGCCGUUCGGGGUGGCCACGUCGAUGCUGACGGUGCCGAGCGAGGAAGAGGUGGAGGAGAUGGAGGAGUUCGUCAGAGGGUUGGCGAAUCUGAAAGGGCCGACGUUGAGGGCAAGGGAUGUAGCGGAGGCGGCGCUUUACUUGGCUUCCGACGAGUCGAGGUACGUCAGCGGGCACAACCUUGUCGUCGACGGCGGAGUUACUGUUACUAGGAAUUGUGUUGGGCUGUAA